AUGGCCCCACUGUCUGGCCCCGAUGCUCUUGGGGGCGUGGUCUCCCGGGGCGAGCGCGGGGCGUGGCCCUUUCGGCACGCGAAGGGGCGUGGCCUCCCGGACGACCCCCCCCCCUUUCCCCCUGGAGACUCCCGAGUCUUGCCAGGAGGGGCCGGGCUCGGGGGCGAGGCCUCCCCGGGGUGUGCGGGCUGCCGGCCAAUGGGCGCCGGGGGCGUGGCGGGGGCGUGGCCUCCGCGGGUUCCCCGCUCCGGGUCUCUUUCCCCUGGACGACCGGCCAGCCCAGCCCGGCCCGGCCCGCGCGCGCCUGUCACCUGCCACCCGGCCCGGCUGUCGGUCCCCAUCGCCUGGGUCCUCAGCCCCGCUGCGCCCCCGGACGAGAUGCCUUCUGGUUUCCAGCAGAUCGGCUCCGAAGUCCAGGCGGGUCUUGGCCUCCAGGCGCUCGGCCUGUCCACUGGGACACAGUCCCUGGGGCGAGAUGGUGAACCCCCGCAGCAGCGAGUCACCAGGACCCUGGUCCUUGCUGUCUUCUCUGCUGUGCUUGGCUCCCUGCAGUUCGGUUACAAUAUUGGUGUAAUCAAUGCUCCACAAAAGGUUAUUGAACAGAGCUACAACAAGACAUGGCUGGGGAGACAGGGGCCGGAGGGGCCUGGAUCCAUCCCACCGGGCACUCUCACCACCCUCUGGGCUCUCUCUGUGGCCAUCUUUUCUGUGGGCGGCAUGAUCUCCUCCUUCCUCAUCGGCAUCAUCUCUCAGUGGCUGGGAAGGAAGAGGGCCAUGCUGGUCAACAUCAUCCUCGCAGUUUUGGGGGGCGCCCUCAUGGGCCUAGCCAACGCAGCUGCCUCCUACGAGAUGCUCAUUCUCGGACGGUUCCUGAUUGGCGCCUAUUCAGGGCUGACGUCGGGGCUGGUGCCCAUGUAUGUGGGAGAAAUUGCCCCCACUCACUUGCGAGGUGCAUUGGGGACACUCAAUCAAUUGGCCAUCGUCAUUGGCAUUCUGAUAGCCCAGGUGCUGGGCUUGGAGUCUCUCCUGGGCACUUCUACCUUAUGGCCACUGCUCUUGGGUAUCACAAUUCUGCCUGCUCUCCUGCAGCUGGUCCUGCUACCUUUCUGUCCAGAAAGCCCCCGCUACCUCUACAUUAUUCGGAACCUGGAGGGUCCUGCCAGAAAGAGUCUGAAGCGCCUGACAGGCUGGGCGGACGUGUCUGGAGCACUAGCUGAGCUGAAGGAAGAGAAGCGCAAGUUAGAGCGUGAGCGGCCACUGUCUUUGCUCCAGCUUUUGAGCAGCCGUACCCACCGGCAGCCCCUCAUCAUCGCGAUUGUGCUGCAGCUCAGCCAGCAGCUAUCUGGCAUCAACGCGGUUUUCUACUAUUCAACUAGCAUCUUUGAGUCAGCGGGGGUCGGGCAGCCAGCCUAUGCCACCAUCGGAGCUGGUGUGGUCAAUACCGUCUUCACUUUGGCCUCAGUGUUCUUGGUGGAACGCGCAGGGCGCCGGACACUCCACUUGCUGGGUCUGGCAGGAAUGUGCGGCUGUGCCAUUUUGAUGACGGUAGCUCUGCUUCUGCUGGACCGGGUUCCAGCUAUGAGUUACGUCUCCAUUGUCGCCAUCUUUGGCUUUGUGGCCUUCUUUGAGAUUGGUCCCGGUCCUAUUCCUUGGUUCAUUGUGGCUGAGCUCUUCAGCCAGGGACCCCGCCCGGCAGCCAUGGCUCUGGCUGGUUUUUCCAACUGGACAUGCAACUUCAUUAUUGGCAUGUGUUUCCAGUAUGUUGCGGAUGCUAUGGGUCCCUACGUCUUCCUUCUGUUUGCGGCCCUCCUGCUUGGCUUCUUCAUCUUCACCUUCCUAAAAGUUCCUGAGACCCGAGGCCGGACGUUCGAUCAGAUCUCAGCUGCCUUCCGCCGGACCCCCUCUCUUUUAGAGCAGGAGGUGAAGCCCAGCACAGAACUCGACUACUUAGGGCCAGAUGAGAAUGACUGAGGGGCAGACCUAGGUGGGAAAGCCUGUUCGCUACCUCCCUAGAGACCCCUCCUUUCCUCUGCAGCACUUUAACCCUCUGUCCCCGUUACUUCCAGGCUGGAGAAAGUCCCUGCUGCCUGGUAGAAUUGGGGAACUGGAGGGAAGGGUGGUCUGAGCACCCCCGCAUUCCCCUGUGUGACUCUGAUUAUGUGUUGUGGUUAUGUUAUGUGAUGGCCAUCAGGGUGGGCCAUUCCCCCCCCCUCCUACCCUCCUUCCAUAGCCC